UGACUAUUGUAACCAGGAAAUAAAUCACGGAAGUAGCUAGCUGACACAUCCAUGCUUCUUUAAAAUAGCUGUGAUAUUGCAAUUUUGAGAUGCAAAGUGACGAGCAGAAUUCGGGGAUUUUAUAAUGCACAAAAUAUGAACUAAUAGACAUGACAUUUGAUAGGUAAAAGACAUGAGGAGACGUACAGUGUGGUCAACGAUAUCUAGCCAUGGUUAGCCUAGCAACCGACACCUGUGACCUCAAUGACCAGUCCAUAAACUACACUAACGUUACAGUAUGAGCAAUUUAUCAACCGAUGUUAAUCUGCCUCAGCUAAAUUCCCUCUGAGUUUCGCAUCUGUCCUUGGCUCGGUUUCAGAAGAGGAUAGCGUCGCUACGGUAUCUGCCUGGCACAUUUCGURUUUGAAUGACUAGACGGGAGUCAGGAGCAUGUUUCAGAAGACCUCUUUCACGACGCUGAUAGUCGGGGUGUUCGUUGUGUAUGUUUUGCACACUUGCUGGGUGAUGUAUGGCAUCGUUUACACCACAYCUUGUGAGAACCCCAAAUUCGAAAACUGCAUCAACCCAUAUUUGGCAGGAAAACCAAGAUUGCAGCUGAGUAUCUACACAGCCUUGCGACCCAAUGCUGAUGGGGGACACACCCUCAUUCACAAGGAGGAGGACUUUGAUGUUGAGACCAAGUUUGAAAGGAUAGUGAAUGUGUCUCUCCCAAAGAAGACCUGUAAGAAUGGGACGCUGUAUGCCAUGGUGUUUGUUCACCAGGCAGGUAUGUCCCCGUGGCAGGACCCCAGACAGGUGCAUCUGGUGUCCCAGCUCACCACCUACAUGAUACCCAAACCACCAGAGGUCAGCCUGAUCUCAGGGGAGGAAGCACCACAGGCGGAGCAGCAGAAACGGAAGCCUAAAGGAGGUGACUCUGCAGUGGAUCGGCCCGUGUCUCACUGGCGCUCCCGUCUCACCCUCAAUGUGGUGUCAGAGCACUUUGUCUUCGACAGGGACUUUCUGCCCAGCGACGUGCACCGCUACCUGCGAGUAUUUCAAAAUGGAAAGAAGAGGAUGUACCUUCCCCUGCUGUUUGUGGAUGAGCUGAGCAACAGAGUGAAGGACUUGAUGGAGAUCAACAGCACCAGCACGGAACUCCCUCUCACUAUCUCCUAUGACACCAUCUCCCUCGGGAAACUCCGCUUCUGGAUUCACAUGCAAGAUGCCGUCUACUCCCUGCAACAAUUUGGCUUCACUGAGAAAGAUGCUGAUGAAAUCAAGGGCAUUUUCGUGGAAACCAACCUGUACUUCUUAGCCCUCACCUUCUUCGUAGCUGCCUUUCAUCUCCUGUUUGAUUUCCUGGCCUUCAAACAUGACAUCAGCUUCUGGAAGCAGAAGAAAAGCAUGGUGGGGAUGUCCAGCAAAGCAGUACUGUGGAGGUGUUUCAGCACCAUUGUGAUUUUCAUGUACCUGUUUGAUGAGCAGACCAGCCUGCUGGUCCUCAUUCCUGCUGGAGUAGGCUCCAUGAUCGAGGUGUGGAAGGUGAAGAAAGCCUUUAAAAUACAGGUUAUCUGGAAGGGUGUAAAACCCACAUUUAUUUUUGGAAAGUCUGACGAAUCAGAGAGGAGGACUGUAGAGUAUGAUACUCUUGCAAUGAAGUACCUGUCGUAUUUACUCUACCCAAUGUGUAUUGGAGGAGCGGUUUAUGCCUUAGUGUUUUUGAGAUACAAAAGUUGGUACUCCUGGAUCAUCAACAGUUCAGUGAAUGGAGUGUACGCUUUUGGAUUCCUCUUCAUGCUACCUCAACUCUUUGUUAACUACAAGUUCAAAUCUGUGGCACAUCUACCCUGGAAAGCAUUCAUGUAUAAAGCAUUCAACACCUUUAUCGACGACAUAUUUGCCUUCAUCAUCACAAUGCCCACCUCCCACCGGUUAGCCUGCUUCAGGGAUGAUGUGGUCUUCCUCGUCUACUUGUACCAGAGAUGGCUGUAUCCUGUUGAUAAGACCAGAAUGAACGAAUACGGACUGUCUUACAAUGAGGAAGACAAACUCAAAGGAAAGGCCCACAAAGACUAAAACUGAUCACAGACACACAUGCAGUUCCUGAGAGCCAUAU